CCAGCCUCGACCUCCCAUGUCCCGUAGCCAGGCUAACUCAUGUUCCCAUCCCACGAGGCCUCCCCGGCCCACCCUCCGGCCCCAGCUUCCCCCUGGCCACCCUCUGCGUGGUCCCCUCGGAGGGGGCCAGGACUCUCACCCACAGCUCUUCUCUGCUCCCAGCAUCGUCUUCUGGUUCGGGGACCUCAACUUCCGCAUUGAAAGUUACGAUCUACACUUCGUCAAGUUUGCCAUCGAUAGCAACCAGCUGCAGAAGCUCUGGGAGAAGGACCAGCUGAAUAUGGCCAAAGGCUCCUGGCCAGUCCUCAAGGGCUUCCAGGAGGGGCCCCUCACCUUUGCUCCCACCUUCAAGUUUGACGUGGGCACCAACUACUACGACACCAGUGCCAAGAAGCGAAAGCCUGCAUGGACGGACCGAAUCCUCUGGAAGAUCAAGGCGCCAGGUGUGGGGCCAAGCCCCUCUGGCCGAGAGAGCCACCGGGUCCACGUGACCCAGCACAGUUACCGGAGCCAUAUGGAAUAUACCGUCAGUGACCACAAGCCUGUAGCCGCUGUCUUCGUCCUGCAGUUUGCCUACAGAGACGACGUGCCCCUGGUGAGAAUCGAAGUAGCGGAUGAAUGGCUGAGGCCUGACCAGGCUGUGGUCCGUUACCGCAUGGAGAGCGUCUUCUCACGAAGUUCCUGGGACUGGAUCGGCCUCUAUCGGGUGGGCUUCCGUCACUGCAAGGAUUAUGUGGCUUAUGUGUGGGCCAAGCACGAAGAUCAAGAUGGCAGCACAUACCAGGUGACAUUCAGUGAAGAGUCUCUGCCCAGGGGCGGGGGCGAGUUCAUCCUCGGCUACUACAGCCAUGGCCAAAACAUCCUCAUUGGGGUCACGGACCCCUUCCAGAUCUCCCUGCCCGCCUCAGACGAGGGCAGCAGCCCCACGGACAGCUCGAGGGUCAGUUCCGAGGGUGAGGACGACAGCACCAUGGAGCUGCUGGGCCCCAAGUCCCGGAGCCCCAGCCCAGGCAAGAUGAAGAGGCACCGCAGCCGCAGCCCCAGCCUGGCCAAGUUCCCCGGCCUGGUGCUCCGGCCCAGAUCUCGGGAGCGGGGGACCAGCCGCAGUCCCUCCCCACAGGGCCACCGGCCCCUCAAGCCCCCGGGCAGUGGCGGGGGCUUGGGCACCCGGGCCAAGGAGAAGGGGAAGUUGGGCAUGGGCCCCGACGAGGAGGAGUCGGCCCUGCCCGAGAUGCCUGGGCCCUGGAACUUCCCGUUGCCCAGCUCCCUGCCCCGGCCCAUGCCCCACAACCUGGGCCUCCUGCCUUCCCUUCGCCUAGAGCCCAUCCUGGGCAGCCAGUGGCGAGGAGAGUCCGAGAUGGAGAGCCAGGUCAGCCCAAAGAGCCCCAACCGCUCCCCCCGGAGCCCUUCGCCCACCCCCAAGAGCCACCAGCGGAUGGAAGAUGGGGGCCUGGGGCCCUGAGGGGGAGCGGGUCCCAGGGAAGCCACCAUCCCCAGUAGAGAGCCUGCUGUGUGUUCGCCCUCCCUCUCUGUGCUCCUGUGCCAUGUCCACCCUGCCCACGGUUCCUCCCGCAGGACCCCCAUCCUGUGGGCAGGGUCAGGGGGAGCCCUUCGGGGUAUAGGGCCAUGCCGUGAAGAGAGGCCCUCCCUCCUGCUCCCUCCUGGACCCUAGCCUGUGACAAUUGCUGCCCCCUUGCUUUCCCCAGGCCCAGAGCUGGGUGCAGGGGGCACGGGCACUGUGCAGAGCCCCAGCUGCUAGCCAUCAUCCCGAGGACUGUUUAUUAGGAAUAAAAUUCUCAGACCUCU